CACACCUCUCAACAAGCUGCGGUCUAGUCUAGACGCCACAGGAACCUAGGAGCUGGAGAAGACGAAUUGGUGGCUCCGAUUGGCCUCGUGUGUCUCAGGGACGGAUGUGGGAACGUGCGUGGCUGCAAACGCUGAAUCGCAACAUUCCAGAGCUCCUCAUCCAGCCCGGAAACUGGAUACUCACGGGAACAUCUCACUCAACCCUAGACAAAGCUGUUCAGUCCCGAGCUAGGAAUAGACCGGGUGUAACCCCCCGCAGAUGUUUAUUUCGGUGACCCAAAGGUAGGUAGUCCGGGGUGUAUAUGAGAAGAUGGCGUUUCCACCUUUUCGAAUCCCGGUUCUUCUCUCCCUCAUCAGCUCAUUCAACUCUCGCUUCACCCGGUAUAGCCAACAUCUUCGCUGUCGUUUCAGUCACUCAACUCUUAGUCUAGUCACUCGACAUCACCCCAACCGUCAACAUGAAGUUCACCGCUGCCAUUAUUGCCUUCGCUGGCCUCGCCGCCGCCCAGUCCCUGGCCGACGUUCCCACCUGUGCCCAGCAGUGCUUGGCCAACGCCGUCACCUCCACCGGCAAGUGCACUGUUGGUGACAUUUCCUGCCUCUGCAGUCCUGCCAACUACCAGGCCAUCGUCACCGCCGGUACCCCCUGCGUCCUCCAAAGCUGCGGUGCCGACGUUGCCGUCAACCAGGUCCUCCCCGCCGCUGGCAAGAUCUGCGCUGCCGUUGCUGGAGGUGGUGGCCCCGCCUCCGCCGCUUCCUCGGUUGUCGCUUCGGCCUCUGCCGCUGCAUCUUCCGUCGUUGCCUCAGCCUCCGCUGCCGUCUCCUCCAUUGCUUCUGCUGCCACUAGCAAGGCUGCUUCCGCCGCCUCUUCCGUCUCUUCCGUUGCUUCAAGUGCUUCCCGCGCCGUCACGAGCGCUGCCUCGUCCGCUGCCGCUGGCACCACUCGCACUGCUGUUGUCACGAGCGCCACCACCACCCGCAACGGCACCUCCACUGCCACUGCCACCGCUACCCCCGUCACUGUCAACGGUGCUACUACUCAGGGCCCCGUUGGCAUCCUGGCUGCUCUUGCCCUUGGUGCUCUUGCCUACUUGUAAACGAGUCCGCAAAGUUCACAUGGUUCAACAUAUGGCAUAGCUUAUAUACUGGGCCACUCUCUUGACGAACUCGACCUCAUCUUAGGCGCGUUGGUCUACAAAAAGGAAGCGCACAAAAUAUAGAUAUAAUAGUAAUCCAUGUGGCAAUUCAAAUAGUAUCCUCUCAUGUCAUGUGUUACGUAAUGAAUUCGCCGAUACAAUGCGCACGCUAUAGGUACCCGGCU